CUCUGGUGGCUGCGUGCGUAUCUCUGGUCAGGCUUUCCCCGCGUUCAUACCAAACCCCCCUAGACCACUUGGGGCCCAGAGAGUGUCUAGAUAUAAGACGCAACUCAAUUCUCUUUUGGCUGCAUCUACCACUUUUCAAGCAUUGAUCCUGUCUUUCGGUUUGACGCCUACGUUACGCUACCCGCUUCCCUCCUUUCGUUGCCUUUGGAACCUUCGUUCUCUUUUCCUUCGAAAGACUGUAUCUAAGCCCGUUCAUCGCGAUCAGCCCACGGACACCAGUAUCGCUGGUUACGUAUCACCCCGCACGAUCCUCCUUCCAACAGCCACCAAGAUCCGGACUCUCCCCUGAUACUUCCGAUACCGAAAUACGAAUGGCUUCAACCCCGAACAGCACUGUUUUAGCAGUGAAGGCGCAGUGCCAAGCACCCAUGGGAUUGAAAUGGGCAUGCCUCGAGAAAGGUGCACCCGUUUCGAACGGACUGCCAUAUACAGGAAUCAUGCUUGCCACUUGCCUUAUUAUCUUUGGCCUGAUCAAACAGUUUGCGCUCGAGGAAUACCUGAUGAGAAAGCAAGAACUAUACAAGCAUACAUGGAAACGGUUAAGCCAUCGGGACCAAAGAACAUUGGUCAAUCACCAUCUUUCGCUGGGAGUAAAGUCACUCAUACUUAUCAUUGUUCCAUUCAUGAUUAUAGUCUCCGGUCGCCAGUUCGCAUAUUCCCCCAUACCACGUUCACCUAUAUCUGUCGGCGACAUGAUGUUUGUAGUAUCGAAUAUAUAUACCGCCAUGUAUGUAUUCGAACUCUGCUACCGGACGGGCAUAUCACCGAUUGCGUGGCUACACCAUACUGGAACGGCUAUUAUGGCACAAUACGCGCUUUUGUUGUCGCGCGAUAAACGCCAUAGCGACGGUAGCAUUGAGCUGAUUCUGUGCUUACUAUGGGCCAUACCGCAUGCCACUUUCAUCAUGUAUCGUCUCUAUCCCACCUCGCACGCUACUCUAUAUCGCUGGUUCACUAUCGCCACGAUCGUGAUGCUUCUCUCCACUCUACUCGAGACUGCAAUUGUCUUCUGGAUAUAUGUGGCGUUGUUUAAGCGCUGGCGUGCAGAGCUCAAGAUUGUAACGCCCAUUAUGCAUAUGCUGUUCACAACAGCGCAACUGUGGGGGGCAAGAGCGCUCAGAGGAUUAGCACAGAAACAGAAGAAGUUGCUUGAACAGGAGAAAACCAGGAAUGUAAAUUAG